GCCGGCGCCGGAAAGGUGCUUUGUAAUUCCGGCUGACUUGGUUAGUUAUCGCUCGGCUUUAGCUUGAACUUCAUGUGACAAACUCCCGACCUGCCGCGUCUUAAAAGAUCAUGACAAGCCAGCGGAUCGUAAGAAAGGAAGAAAUGUUCGGCGGCUUGAAAGUUAACCCGAGUUUCAGGGAAACGGUCAUGAAAAGUCGUUGGUUUGUUUCUCAUUGAGGUCGAAAUCUAGCUAGUAGGACCGAACAACUUCUGCCCGAGCGCCAGUCGUUGCUGGGGCGGCGAGAUCAGAGAUCAAAGAAGCCUUUUUUAUUUCUAUUUUUUUUACAUUUGACAGACUUGGGAGUAUUUAUUUAAUUCGCCGCAAUGCUGACGUUUUUUGGACCGAGAGCUCUCCGACGGGUUGUACAGAAGUUGCCGUCGGUUCCUGCGAGGCAGGCGGUGGUAGCGCCGAGGCUGCCGGGGAUAGGGCGACCCACACCCAGCCGCUGCCUGGGAACACAUGGGAGAAACGAGCCGAAGGAGCCGCUCAACUCCCCCAAGAGAGCCAAAGAGUUUAUUUACCGCCUCCACCCGAACGAGAGGACGUGUUUACUGAAGGAGCUGCAGAGUUUCGAGUCCAUAGCCAUCGCUCAAGGUAAGAAAGAGAGCAGGUCAAAGGUGACAGCUGAGAUUUAAUGACAGGU